CAGCAGUAGCAACAGGCGGUGGAGGGAUGUGGUUUGCCCAGAAGUGAGCAAACGGUCCUAUAAAUGUAAACAGGAAUGAGAGGGAUCAGAGGCAGCUCUUCACCAAGGCCAAGUUCAGCUGCUGUGUGAGGGCUUAAAGCGGAGGAAGGAGAGUGUGCUGGAGGCUUGAAAAUAAUCAAGACACACAACACCACGCGCCGCCCGGAUGCACUCACUUCUUCCUCCCCCGACUCCUACCUGUCCGCGCGACUUGGUACGCUCCGCCAGCACAAUAAGCCUCUCCCUCCGGCGUGCUAUUGGUACAGCCAAGGCUCCUAGCGUAGACACCCAAAGACACGCCCGUUGCCACGCCCGCUGUCUAUGAUUGGCUGGAAAAUUUAAAGAUCCGGCCGGUGAUAGGGUGAUUCUCUACUCCCAGGAUUUGAAAGUUCCCAGUGUCCUACCUUUGCGUGCAUGCCGGCUCUGUUCAGCUUGUCCGUCGCAAACCCGCAGAGGCGAUGGCAAUGCUGUCGGGCACCCAGGCAGCGGCAGCAGAAAGCGAGGACGCGGAGCUACGGUGCCGCGUGGCUGUGGAAGAGCUGAGCCCGGGAGGGCAGCCGCGAAGGCGCCAGGCGCUACGCACCGCGAAGUUGAGCCUGGGUCGUAACGAGCGCCGGGAGUUGAUGCUUAGGCUGCAGGCGCCGGGACCCGCGGGGCGGCCGCGCUGCUUCCCCUUGCGCGCUGCGCGCCUUUUCACGCGCUUCGCAGCGAUGGGGCGCAGCACUCUAAGGCUCCCGGCCGACGGCGCUUCCCCGGCCGGCGCUGUGCAGCUGCUGCUCUCCGACUGCCCUCCAGACCGCCUGCGCCGCUUCCUGCGUACGCUGCGCCUCAAGCUGGCCGCGGCCCCGGGUCCCAGGCCAGCCUCCGCCCGCACUCAACUUCUUGGCCCAAGGCCCCGCGACUUCGUCACCAUCAGCCCGGUGCAGCCCGAGGAGCUGCGGCGCGCGGCGGUCACCCGGGUCACGGACACCACGCCAGUGAAACUGCCCACGGAGCCCCGGGUGGGGGCCAAGUCCAACACCGAAACCUCAAGGUGGCCCCUGCCUGUGAAGAGGUUGAGCUUGCCCCCCACCAAACCACAGCUCUCCAAGGAACAGGCUGCUGUGCUGAAGGUUGUCCUGAAAGGCCAGAGCAUUUUCUUCACUGGCAGUGCAGGGACGGGGAAGUCUUAUCUGCUGAAGCGAAUCCUGGGCUCACUUCCUCCCACAGGCACGGUGGCCACUGCCAGUACUGGGGUGGCAGCCUGCCACAUAGGGGGCACUACCCUCCAUGCCUUUGCAGGCAUCGGCUCAGGACAGGCUCCCCUGGCCCAGUGUGUGGCCCUGGCCCAGCGGCCAGGUGUUCGGCAGGGUUGGCUAAACUGCCAGCGGCUGGUCAUUGAUGAGAUCUCCAUGGUAGAGGCAGACCUAUUUGACAAGCUGGAAGCCGUGGCCAGAGCUGUCAGGCAGCAGGACAAGCCAUUCGGAGGCAUCCAGCUCAUCAUCUGCGGGGACUUCCUGCAGCUGCCACCUGUAACCAAGGGACCCCAGCCCCCACAGUUCUGCUUCCAGGUACCACUCACCCCCGGUCCUAACCCUCAUAGCGGUCUGCUGUGCUCCCUGACACCCUCACCUUGCACCCACCAGGCCAAGAGCUGGAGGAAGUGUGUCCCAGUGACCCUGGAGCUGACCGAGGUGUGGAGGCAAGCGGACAAGACCUUCAUCUCUCUGCUGCAAGCUGUGCGGCUGGGCAGGUGCUCAGAUGAGGUCACCCGCCAGCUCCGGGCCACAGCUGCCCACAAGGUGGGGCGAGAUGGCAUUGUGGCCACGAGGCUCUGCACGCACCAGGAUGACGUGGCACUUACUAAUGAGAAGCGGCUGCAGGAGCUACCAGGUGAGCUACACAGCUUUGAGGCCAUGGACAGUGACCCUGAGCAAGCCCAGACCCUGGAUGCCCAAUGUCCUGUUGGCCAGCACCUUCAUCUAAAGCUGGGAGCUCAAGUGAUGCUGGUGAAGAACUUGGCAGUGUCCCAGGGCCUGGUGAAUGGAGCCCGAGGGGUGGUAGUCGGGUUUGAGGCUGAGGGGAGAGGGCUGCCCCAGGUACGGUUCUUGUGUGGAGUCACUGAGGUCAUCCGUGCUGACCACUGGAUCGUGCAGGCCAGUGGGGGCCAGCUCCUCAGCCGGCAGCAGCUGCCUCUCCAGCUAGCCUGGGCAAUAUCCAUCCACAAGAGCCAGGGCAUGUCCCUGGAUUGCGUGGAGAUCUCUCUGGGCCGUGUGUUUGCCAGCGGCCAGGCCUAUGUGGCCCUUUCCCGGGCCCGCAGCCUGCAGGGCCUGCGUGUGCUAGACUUUGAUCCCAUGGUGGUUCGCUGUGACCCCCGUGUGCUGAGAUUCUAUGCUACCCUGCGGCAGGACAGGGGCCUCAGCCUGGAGUCCCCACAUGAUGAUGAGGCAGCAUCAGACCAGGAGAAUGUGGACCCGAACCUUUGAUCUGCAAAACGAAGACAGAGAGUGGUCUCCGUCUCCUCCUGGCCCAAGGGAUAUCAGGGGAGAGUAGUCAGUAGUCUCCCUUUGUUGGGGGCUCUCAGCUUCCUGGCAGGGCUCAGGGAGGGUGCUUUCCUCCCAUUUGCCAGCUAUGCCUCGGUUUCUCUCCUGGCUUCCAGGGUCAGGAGCUGGCAGUGGGCCCAUGGGGGAAGCUGGUGUUAUAGGACAGAGCUCUGUGCGAGGGCCGGCCUCAGUGCCCCAGGGUUGUGAAUGCCACUUCCUUUGGGCUGCAGAGGGGGAGAGGUGGCCAAAUAGGUGCUCCUGGAGCAGGAACAGGCUGUGGGGUCCUGGCGGGGGACUCAGGCUGAAUACAGGCCCAAAGCAGAGGAGGGAACCAGGGGGGAUCUUCACUGCUAGACCCAGCCCAGCACAAGACAGGACGAACUCCCUCCUGAGCCUAACCUGAGAAUGGGUGCUACGAAGUCCACCUGUCUUAAGCUGCUUUUUCUGGGAAGAAAUCAGGUGUGGGAGUAUUGAAGUGGAAGUUCUCAGACUGUAUUUAUUUAAUGCAAAUAAACUUGUGGGUUGUAUGAGG